AUGACAAUGUCGUCGCCAAUGUUAACGUCACCGAUGUGUGUGUCGGUAGAAUCGAAAGUAACCGGCCAACCGAUGUAUCUGAGUCAGGAAGCCUUGAAUCACAUGCAGGCGUGUCAAAACGAAGCAUUCAUCUGGAGGACGAAAGCCGCACAGUUGGAGAUUGUCGUCAAAGACCAAAUGGUGAAAGCCAGUCGUAUAGAGGAGGCCUUAAGGGCCGAACUCAUGGCAGCUCGGGCUGGACAUGUGACAGUGUCUGACGACGUGACAAAGAUAUCGACGGCUAGUGGAGAGGACAACAUCAUCGAUACUCCUACGAGAGUCUCUCCGGUUUUAUUUGAGUGCAACACACCGUCUUGUAUUGAGAAAAAGAAGGAUCUGAUGCAGGAGAACAGCCGACUGCUUGAACAAGUGGAAGAGGUCAACACACGGAUUCAUGAGCUGGAAGAUGAUGUAACAGCUUUACGGCACGAUCUUGAGAAUGUUGAGGAUCACCGUGAUCGUCUGAAACAACAGCUGGACGUUGCCACGAGAGAAAGGGAUUCGAAAGUCGCUGAGGUCGCUGCAUGUGAUAUUGUUAUC